AUGCUGCAUUUAAACAGCUCAUGUAUAUUGGAUUUUGAAAAUAUAAAGGGUUUGCUAAAAAAUAAAGAUUAUCAUGGGGUAAAGGAAAAUAGAGAUAUAAAGAAGUUUUUUGAAGACAUAAGUUUAGCAUUUAAGGAUUUUGGAAAUUCGUUAAAAAAAAUACAUAACAAUGGAAAUACAAUAAUAUCAAACAUCCAAAAAAAUAACAAUAAUAAUGAUGAUGAUAAAUUUGAAAACUUAUACUUUUCAAAAUGCUUUCUUAAUGUAGUAUCUCUUAUAAAAAUAUAUUCUGACGAAAAUUUAACUUUAAGUGACCAAAUUCAAAAAAAUAUUGUUCAUAAAUUAGAAGAAGAAGAAAAAGAAAGAAUUGAAUCUAUUAAUUCUAUAUAUAAAGAAGAUGAGAAAAAAAAACAUGUUGAAAAAUGUGCUGACACAAUUUCGAUAAAUAAUAAUGAUGAUAAUGUUGAAAAUAAAAAAGACCAACCAAAGAAUGCUGAUAAUAAAAUUGAAAGUGUUAAUAACUAUUCUGAGAAUAUUACCAACUCUACUAACUUAAGUCAAGAUCAAAUUAAUGAAAUAUUUAUUGAUAAUAUACCGUUAAAUAAUUUUGAAAUCGAAUUAAAAAAAUGUUUAGAAAAUGAAGAAUUUUCUAAUCGUUAUUUAAAUCAUAUAAAAUAUAAAAGACACUUUUUAGAAAUUAACAAAUUAAAUAUUAAUUUGGAUAAAGAAAUUAUUGCUUUUAAAGAGUUAACACAAAAAUUUGGGAAAAAUGUUAAUAAACUUCUUUUGGCAAAAUCAAAAGAACGAAUGUUAGCUAUUCAAAAUAAAAAAAAAUCACUUUAUGAAUUCUUAUAUGAUGAUAUUGAAGAAUUAAAGGAAUACAAAUUACGUUUAAAAUGCACACACAAAGAUACACAUCAAUAUGAUGAUAAAAAAGAAAAACAAAAUGAAGAGUCAACUAGAGAUAAUGAUCAGGGCAUUGUAAAUGAAAAUGUCCUAGAAAAAGAAGAAAAUGAAAAAAAAAAAAAAAAUCUUUAUUUGGAAAAGUUUGAAAUAAGAGAAAAAUAUAGAAUUGAAAUUUUAUAUUCAAGCAUUAGAACAUUUAUAAAAUUACUUUCUCUUAAACAUAUUGAUAUGAAUAUUUUAUUACUAGAGAAAUCAGAUGAUAUUAGUUCAUAUGAUUCAUUUGUAGAUUAUCAAAAUUGGCUAAGUUGCAUUUUAAAUAAAGGCAUAGAUGUAGAUAAUUUACAAAAAAAAAUUAAAAAAUAUGAUAUACUAACUAAAGAAGAGCAAUAUAUGUUAUAUCCAUACAAGAAAUCAUCCUCAAGUAAUAGUUCUAAAAGUGGAAAAAAAAAUAGCCAAACAGAAAAAAAAAAAUCUAUAGCUAGUCAAAAUUUUCGGAAAGGGGAAUUGAUUGAUAGUGAGAAUAUUUCAUUAAAUAAACAAAAGGAAAGUUUAGAUGAAAAAGAGAAAAUCGAACAAAAAAAGGUACAAACAGAUCAACAAAAUUAUAAACAAAACAAAAACAAAAAAAAUAGACCUAACUCACGAAGGGAUUGUCAAUUCCCCGAUAAAUUUUAUAUCCCUAUAAUCAUAAAAAAAAAUUAUACCCAAAUCGAAAAAAUAAAUUAUAUGAAUGAACAUGAUCAUAUAAAAAAUAACAAAAACCUGCACAAGCAAGGUGAAAAUGAAAAAAAAAAAAAAAAUACACACAUGGAUGUUCAUAUUAAAACAUAUUUAAAUGACAAUAAAAUAGAUAGUGAACAAAAUAUAAUAACAUUUUUUAAAAAUAGACAAAAAAAUUAUGAAAAAUAUCUACUUCAGUUUAGUAAUGUUGGUGAAGGAUAUUUUACUCGUAAGUUGGAUUGGGGAAUAAAUAACCAAAUUAAUAGCGAAAGCGAAAGUGAUAGCGAUCGUGAUAGUGAUAGCCAAAAUGAAGAUUUUAUUAAUGCAAGCGAAAAUUCACUCGAAGAUAUAACACAUUUUCGAGGAUAUUUUCAUGAAGAGGUUCAUUAUAUGUAUCCUUUCAAAUUUCCAAAAAAUAUUAAAAGCAUAUCAUAUUUUAAUAAUAGUAUAAAUGAUUUAUAUACAAAUUCAUUGGAUUUUGGAGAAAAUGAUAUCGAUGAAAAUGAUUACAAACUAUUGGCAUAUGAAUCGAUACUUCUUGUAUAUUAUUCUUUAUGUUCUCAAUUAAAUAUGUACUUAUUUGUUGAUGAUAAAAAGAAAAGUAAUGUUACUAAUCGAUUAUAUAAAAGGUUUCACAAAAAAUGUUCACAUUUAUUACCAACAUUAGAAUGGAAAGAAAAGGAAAAUAUUAUGAACAGUCCCCAAAAUAUUAUGAACAAUCCCCCAAAAAAUAUGAACAAUCCCCAAAAAAAUAUGAACAAUCCCCCAAAAAAUAUGAGUAAUCCCCAAAAAAAUAUGAACAAUCCCCCAAAAAAUAUGAACAAAACAAAUAAUUCAAAAUAUUAUACAAAAAUGGGAAAAAUAGACAAUAAUAAUAAUGGCGCCGCCCAAUUCAAAGAUAAUAAAAAUACUUCAUCAGAUUUUUCGUCUUUUUACAAAAAUGAGAAAAAAGAUGAUGAUUUUUUUCAAUAUAUGAAUUACAUAGAAAAUGUAAAAUUGGAAAAUAUAUUAUUAAUAAAAAGAAUAUUAAGUAUUUUUAGAAUAAAAUUAAAUUUAGAUUCAAGAACAAAUAAUUUAAUAACUUUAUUUACACUUCCUAAUUAUUAUUUAAAUAAUGGAAAUGUGUAUUCUUUUCACAUUCUCGAUAUAAGAUUUCGAAUUGUUAGAAUUAUUGACACUCUUGAUUUAAAAUAUAGACCAGAUAUAAAUAUUAAGGAAAUACGAACAAAUAAUAUUCGACAUAGUAAUAAUGAUUAUACAAUUUAUGGAGAAUGGAUAAAAAGACAAUUUCAUAUAUUUUAUAUUUCUUUAUAUUUAAAAUUUAAUCGAUUUAUUAAGUUUGUUCCAUAUUUUAAUUUUUCAUAUUAUCCUUACAAUGUUAAUAAUAUUUUUAACGAAUUUAAACAAAAUGAAGAAUAUUUCAGUUAUCUAAAUAAAAGUAAUGAAAAUAAUAAUUUUGUAAAAUAUAUAAAAAAUGUUCAAAAAAAAAUUCAAAAAAUUCAUAAUUAUAUACUUUCAAAAAAAAUAAAAAAUAAACAAGAAGAUUUUUAUCAAGUCAAUUUUAUCGAUUUUGAAAAUUUGGAAAAAGAUGAAAAAAUUAUAUUUAUAUCUAAUUUAUUAUUAAAAAAUUUUAUAAAAUCAUUUCGUAUUCUUUUUGAAUUAAAAUGUAUAUUAAAACAAAAUGAAUGGAAUAUUGGAAAAUAUGAUGAAAAAAAGAAAUUAGCAAAUAUGAUUAAAUAUUUUACCAAAAUUGAAUAUUAUGAUUAUGAAAUUAGAAAUAUUUAUAAUCAAUGUAUUGAUAUUGAAAAGGGAGAAAAUAUUAUAAACAAAAUAAAUGAAUUAGACAUAAAUAACAACAUGGAUAGUUACAUAAAACAAAAUGUUAGUUCCGAUUUUAUUAAUUCUGAUAAAAUGGAUAAAAAAAAUAAUAGUAAUAAUGACAAUUUAUUUAAUUAUGAUAAGUUAAUUAACAAAAUUUUUGAAAAAGAGUUGAAAGAAAGCAAUAAAAUACAUAAUUCUAACAUUUUAUCCAAUUCAAUUCAAAGUUUUAAUUCUAUUAUUAUCCCAAAAGAUUUAAAAAAAAAAUCUUUUAUUGUAGAAAAUGUUUGUCUUGAUAAGUCUAAUAAUAAAUUAAAUAAAUUUUCAAAACAAAUAAAAAAUAAAAUAUUUUAUAAAUUAAAUUUUGAAACAGUUUUGCUUUCGAGUUGGUAUAUGGACAGAAUUUUAUUACAUUUUUUUUUAUAUUUUUAUAUGUCUUGUGUAAUUGAUAAAAAUUCAGAAAUGAAUAUAUAUUCAGAUACACCAUAUAUAAUACAAGGAAUUUUUUUUAUUAUAUAUUAUUUACAAACAGGAAAUGAUAUAACAUUAAAACCUAAAAAUCAAAAAUAUGAAAAUGGUAACGAACCAACAUUAAUUCCUAUAUCUACCUUUAUUUUAUAUUUUUUUAUUCAUUUAUUUUAUUCAUAUAUUGAUAAAAAUAUGUUAGUUAUAUUGCCAAAAACAGAGGUAAAUGGAAAUAUAGAAUUAUUUUUGAACCCUCAAAAUGUGAGCAAAAAUGGGAACAAAAAUGGGAACAAAAAUGUGAGCAAAAAUGUGAGCCAACAUGACCAAAUAAAUAAUGGUUCAACUUUUAGUCCAAAGAUUAGCGAUCAAAAAAAAAAAACACAAAAUAUUAUUACUUUGCAAAUUGCUACCAAAUUUUAUUAUAGUUUAAAAAAUUUUCAUAAAUUAUUAUUUUAUAGAACUGUAGAUGAUAAUAUAUUAGAAACAUGUGAUGAAAUUAUUGAUUUAAAUAAUUUAGAAACUUAUAUUUCAAAUUAUGGAUAUGUUAAUACUAAAAAUAAAAUGAAAAAAAGUUUAAACAAUAAAUUUUUUUCUGAAAAUAUUCCAAGAACAUCACAAUACACUAAGAAGGGAAGCAUUAUGAGUGUAGAUAGUAUGUCUCGUGAAUUAUAUAAAAAUUAUGAUAUAAAAAAAAAAAAAAAAAUUCGAAAAUAUUGCCAAAAAGACAAUUUGGUUAGUCAAGUUUUAAAUCUCAAUGAAAUUUGUGAAAAAUUAUUAAUUGAAAAUUAUGUAAAAAAACAAAAACAAAUUAAUGAUAUGAUAUAUUUAAAAAGAUAUCGAAAUAUUUUAUUAUAUUAUAAUUAUUAUAAUUUUGAAAAUUUGGCUAGUCCUUAUAUUCCUAAUAUAUUAUCUUUUUAUAUGAACAAACAGCUAUAUUCAUCUGACAACUUUUUUUUAGAUUCAAUUUUAUUAAAUUGUGAAAAUGAUGGAAAUUAUGGAAAUGAUGAAAAUGAUGAAAAUUAUGGAAAUGAUGAAAAUGUUCAUAAUUAUUUAUUAGAUUAUAAUUCAUAUAAAAAAAAAGCUAAAAGAAAUUCUUUAAUUGGUAAUUGUAACAGUUUAGAAAAUAUACAGUCAGGUAAAGAUAGUGUACAUGAUGAUAAUAAACAAAAUCAAAAUUUGAAUACAGAUUAUACAAAUUGUGAUUGUAAUUUCUCUCUAAUAAAUAUAACAAGAAUUGAAAAAAUAAUAUCAGAUAUUAUAAUCAUGAAAAUGAUAAGUUGUGAUUUUAGAAACCAUUUAAUACUUAUUUUAUCUAAUUAUCGAAAAUUUAUUGAUAUGUAUUCCUUAUCAUAUGUAUUGGACAUCUUUUUGUUGAUAUGCACAUAUUUUGGGGUAAAUAAAAAUAAGAUAAAUUUGGAUGAAAAAAGAAAACAGAAUUUUAUUAAAGAGUUUCAAAAGUCGACAGCUAGCAAAAAUUGUAAAGCAAUAGGCAAGUCUGAAAAUGAAAUAAAAUGCGAAAAUAAGAUAAGGUGCGAAAAUGAAAUGAGAUGCCAAAAUGAAAUAAGAUGCAAAAAUGGUAAAUCUAGCAAAAGUUUGAAUCUAGACUGUUGCCAAAUAAGCUCAGAAUCUUUAGCUCAAUGUGAAAUAGAAAAUUAUUUUAAAUUUUUUAUUUAUAAUUCUGUUAAGAAUAUUUUUUAUAAUAUUUUUUCAACAACAAAAAGUGAAAUUGAAUCGAAGAAAAUGAAAGACGAAAAUGAAAAUACCGAAAUAAAUGGAAAAAAUACCGAAAAAAAGGAACAAAAUGAAAGUGCGGCUUUAAUUUAUGAACUCGCGUAUAACCAGUUUGGGGAUAUGGUUAAUAAAUAUAUUAACGAAAUAGUUAUGGAAAUUUUAUUUUUUUCCAAAAUAUGGAAAGAAUAUUUAUUAUUAGAUGAACAUCCUUUAAUUGUUUUAUAUGGAGCAAAUAAAACGUUAUAUCAUGAAAUUUUUAAGUUUUUAAGAUAUAAUAAAAAUAAUACAGAUUUUUUAUUUAACCAAACAUUAUCAAUAAUUAUUUCAUUAUAUAAUUUUAAUUUAAUAAAUAAAGAAAUUAUAAUUCAAACAAAUUAUUAUCAAAAAUACAGAACCGAUAACAAUAAUAAUAUAGUGCACAAAUCGGAUCAAAAUCAAAAUGACAAUCAACUUAAAAAUUUAUCUAAACAACAAAGUUCAAAGAUCGAAAAUAAGAUAAUACAUUAUUAUGAAAAUCGAAUUAGCAGCUUGCAACAUGUAGAUCAAAAUGUAGAGGGAAGUGCCGAGCGAAGUUCCGAGAAAAGUUCCGAGAAAAGUUCCGAGAAAAGUGACGAAGAUAUGUUUAUAAGUUUGUCUUUAAUAAUCUCUAACUCAAAUAAUCCAUGUAUGGUAAAAUUGAUGUUUAAGCUAGAAAAGAUAUUUAUACAAAUUAUAGACAAAAGAUUAAAAGAUACAAAAAAAUUAUUAUAUAAAUGUUCAGAAAAUGAAAAACUAGUUCCAUUAAAUAGUCCAGAUAUUAUAUAUAAUUCAACAUGUGUUGAUAUAUUUUCAAUAAUUUUAAAUAUUUUAGAAAUUUUAUUUCAAUAUAAAUGUCCAAUAGAGUGGAUUAUGAUACCCUUUUUGGAUUUCCUCAAUAAUUUUAUUAUUGAAUAUUGUGAAAAUUAUAAAAAACGUUAUUCCUCUUUUAUUAUAUCUCUACUUAAUCAAUAUGCAGAUAACUAUUUUAAUAAUUUAUUAAAUAUUACAGAACGACAAAAAAUUAAAUGGGAUAAAUAUAUAAAUAUAGGGGAAAAAAAAAAAAAAAAAAAAAAAAACCAAAAAAAUAUGAACAGCAAUAAUAUUUCAAACACAAAUAAUGAAUUAAAUAAAUUUCCUGAUAUAUUUAAAAAAAAUGAUUUAGACAUUUUUAACAAUAAAAAACAAAGUAUAAUAUAUGAUGAAAAUAUUGAACAAGAAUUUAGUGAUAUCAAUCAAGUAACAAAAAGAAUUAAACAUAAAAAAAAAAAAAAAAAUAUUUUUUACAAUUUAUUUAAUUAUGAAGAUUUGGGUGUAAAUAAGUUAAAACAUAAAGUGGGAGAAAUAUUAGAUGAUAUUAAUGAAUUUUCAAAUUUGUCGACAUUAUAUCAUGGCACUAAUGCCAGUAAUAAAAAGGUAGAAAAUGGAAGAGAAAAUGGAAGAGAAAAUGGGAAACAGAAUGACGAACAGAAUGGCAAACAGAAUGGCGAACAGAAUGGCGAAAAAAGUGGAAAACAGAAUGAAGAUUGUGGGAAAAACUGCAUGAGCGAGGACAUAAUAAACAUAAUCGAAGAGAUAAACUACUUUUUUGAUGAUUCUGAUAUGUCUGAAUCUUUAGUAUUGAUAUGGAACAUAAGUUUUUUUAUGAAUCAAAUAAAUGAGAUCCGAAAAAAAAUUGAGAGAUAUAUUUUAAAAUAUAUAUGCACACGUACAGAUAAUGUAGAAAAAAUAAGCAAUAUUUUUAAUAAUUAUAUUAACUUUGAUAUAAAUAAAGAAACAUUACAAAAAAAUUAUUAUACAAAAACAAUAUUCGGAGUUUUAAAUACAUCUAUUAAUAAUAUAAAAAACAAUUUAAAUAAUUUCUUAUAUCAUAUAUUUAAAGUUUUAUCUAUGCGAAUAAUUUGUUAUGAAUUCCAAAAAGAAUUAUUUUAUAAUUUAUAUAAUCCUUUUAACAUAAAUACUCUUACAACUAUCAUAUCUAUUUUUCCAGACACUAUUGAAAAAUUUUUUACUCAACUUCCAAAUAAAUUUUUUAAAAAUAUAUUAACAAUUUUUAUAGAGUUGCUUAUAAAAAUAUGGAUUCUGAUUAUAAUUGAAAAAGGUUUUUCACCAUCUUUUGAAUUUAAAGAUAAUCAUAUACAUAUAAUAAAAAAUGAUAACUUGUUUUUAAAAAAAUAUAUUCAAAAUAAUCAAAUAGAACUUACCCAUAUAUUCUUAACUAAAAAAUAUGACAUAAACGAAUACAUAGAUGCAUUUUUUGAUGCCCUGUAUGCAAAUAGGAAUAUGUUUUCCGACAUUUCUGCCGAGAGCAAAAAUCAAAAAAAAUGA